GUGUCGCUCCUCCGCUCACAUUGUGGACCACAACUUUCACGACUGCACCUCCCAUGACAGCAUAGACACGAGUACCGAAGACAAACAAACAGGGAAGCAGAAGGGAAACAUCGGACUCGUACCGACUAAACAUUGUUGAAGGAAUUUACCGUGGCGCACCGUGCGUAAAAGGCGCACUGGCCACUCUGCUGCGGGCAUCACUUGAGAGUGAUUUUUCUUUUUAAUUGAAGAUUCCUUUUUGGGAUUUCCCUGAACAAGUAAUGUUAAAAAUGACAGAGGAGCAUGACAAGUGUGGCAGCGACCAACCGUGCAGUCCAUCAGGCACAAACAGCUCCAUGUCCCAGGACGAGUCUGACUCCGACGCUCCGUCCUCACCGACGGGCUCCGACGGCCGAGGAUCCCUGAUUGCCGGUCUGGGCAAGAAACUGGACUCGGAGGAUGACGACCGGUUCCCAGCUUGCAUACGGGACGCCGUCUCUCAGGUCCUUAAAGGAUACGACUGGUCCUUGGUGCCCAUGCCCGUGAGGGGCAGCGGAUCUCUGAAGAAUAAACCUCACGUCAAGAGACCCAUGAAUGCGUUCAUGGUGUGGGCGCAAGCGGCCCGCAGAAAGCUGGCGGAUCAAUAUCCACACCUGCACAACGCAGAACUGAGCAAGACUCUCGGGAAACUGUGGCGUUUGCUCUCAGAAGGUGAGAAGAGGCCGUUUGUAGAUGAAGCAGAGAGGCUCCGGGUGCAGCACAAGAAAGAUCAUCCAGACUACAAGUACCAGCCCCGGAGACGGAAGAAUAUGAAGCCAGGCCAGAGCGACUCAGACUCAGGAGCAGAACUGGCACAUCACAUGUACAAAGCUGAACCGGGGAUCAUCGGACUGGCAGGGAUGACGGAUGGACACCACCACCCUGAGCAUGCAGGGCAGCCCCAUGGUCCUCCUACACCACCCACUACUCCCAAAACAGACCUGCACCACGGCGUGAAGCAGGAUCUGAAACAUGAAGGCCGUCGUCUUGUUGAUAGCAAUAGGCAAAACAUCGACUUCAGCAACGUAGACAUCUCUGAGCUCAGCACUGAUGUCAUCAGCAACAUGGAGACCUUCGACGUGCACGAGUUUGACCAGUACCUCCCGCUCAACGGCCACGCCUCGGGCUCCUCCACCCUGCCCCCGGACCACAGCCACGGGCAGGCUCCAGUGCCUGGUGGGUCUUACACUUCCUCAUACAGCCACGCAGGCGCCAACGGAUCAGUGUGGAGCCGCAAGAGUGCCAUGUCCUCCUCCGCUCCCUCCGCCAGCGAGGUGGGCCAGCACCGGCUCCAUAUUAAAACAGAGCAACUGAGCCCCAGCCACUACAGCGAGCACUCCCACGGGUCCCCGUCACACUCUGAUUACGGCUCCUACAGUAGCCAGGCCUGCGUCACCUCGGCCACAUCGGCUGCCUCGGCUGCAGCCUCGUUCUCCAGCUCCCAGUGUGACUAUACUGACCUGCAGAGCUCUAACUAUUAUAACCCUUACUCAGGCUACCCAUCCAGCCUCUACCAGUACCCGUACUUCCACUCAUCCAGGCGGCCCUACGGCAGCCCCAUCCUCAACAGUCUGUCCAUGGCUCCUGCCCACAGCCCCAACGCCUCCAGCUGGGACCAGCCCGUCUACACCACGCUGUCUCGACCUUAAAGGGGACAAGAAGCAGUCAGUUCGCACCAGAGACUCAUUCAGAUUGAUGCACUACUAAUGAAGGAAGUAAGGGGCAGGUGGAGAAGUGUGUGUAGUAGGCUACCUGUGACCAUUUUGAACGUUAAUCAAGCAAAAGAAAAAAAAGUGCCUGCUGAUUUUAUACAAAGUUAUAUCGUUGUGAUUAAAACACAGACUUGUUUGACAAAGACAAAUUGUGUUGUUGGUGAGCCAAAACUCCUCCAUGAGGACGUGUCGCCUACGCCUACAUCCUGUACACCUCCCCCCCCCCCCCCCCCCCAUCUUUUUCCAGUUAAAGAUUGCACGUGUGUGCACACACUUGAGGUAAAGCAAAGGCCUGCCACGGAGAUGUGUAGGAGAGAAACUGUUUGGCUCAAGUCUGUCGUGAAGCAGAUGGAGAAGCAGAUACAUUGGAGAAUGUACACGGGACCAAUUAUGUGAAUUUGCAGUCAAAUUCACAUUAACGGCCUGAGCUAUAUCGCAGCCAUUUGCAUCUGUCGACCAGUCUUAACUUAAUGGCUCAUAUGAAAUCUUAAAAAGUGUCACUUUGGCAUACAAGUCUUAUUUGUAUUUAUGUUCAUGCAUUAUUGUUUCUUUGUUCUUAAGUAGAUAAACACAUGUAUCGUGGGUUUGGUUAUUACAGUACUGUUUGGCUUUUAAUGAAAACAAGGUACAUGAAGUGAUAAUACAAGUACUAUGAUUUUAAUGUCAUUCCAUUGAAGAUCAUUUUCCACUAACAUCUCCAUUCCGAGUUGCAAGCAAACAGAGCAACUGACUCGCACAGGACAGAACAGGUGUCUGCAAGCAAUGCUUGGCAAAUCGCGAUUAGUCAUGAUCUAGGGUUAAAGGAAAUGGGGUAAAAUAACACCACGCACUCUGAGUGACAUGUCAGCUGGACCUCCUGCAUACGUGGAUGAACGGCACGCGGAUAUGUGCACGCACAUGCAUCUGCAUCUGCGUGUUUCAGGGAGAUAAAGUGCACACUGAAUGUGUGAGCCGUUUCUUUGGGAAGAGAUCUCAUGACGUCAUUCACACCAAAUGAUAAAUUUAAAAAAAAAAAAAAACCUCUUUCCUGAAAGUUAUCUUUAAAUGCAGCCGUUGCUCAAAGCAGAGCGUUUAGGGCUCGAGGAUAAAAUGAGAGUGUGUGAGUGUUGGGCCCAUAUUUAUCUCAUCAACCAUCAAGUUCCAACUCUCUGCUGCAAUCUCGUGCAAAACGUUGUUGUGCCUUCUAAUGCUUACUGUCAGUAUUUUAUUAUGGAAUUGAAUGAUUAACAAACUUCAGGCAGCACACAAUCAGUAAUCAGCACCAGAUAUUCCUACAGUUAACUCCUGAUUAUAUCCUUAAUUUGAUAUCAUUCCUUACAGCCUUGGUUUUUAAUGUUCUGUGAGAUGCUGUACGAGAAACGUGCGGAGCAUCGUGCUCCACGUUUUGUCCACAGGACUGUGUUUGUAUAUUAUUAUGGUGUAUAAUUUUUGAGAAAGGCUGUGAAAAUGAUCGUUGUUCCAUUAACUAGAGUUUCAUUCACACUCGCACAGCUAACCCCAUAUGCUGGCCAUUUUUAAAAAAAAUAAAAAAGAUAAUUUUUUCUUGA